AUGAAUAAUUUGCAUUGAAUAAUACAAUUAUUGUCAUGAUCAUUAUUAAUCCGAAGGUAAAAUGUCAUUUGCAUGGUGGCAUGAACAUCAGAGAGUUUGAUAGUACACAUUGUACAGUUAUACAGUAUUUUUGAGUCCAUGAGUAUCAGGUCAUUGUUGGAAGGAGUGAGUGACCUGAUUUGACCUUUGCGCCAAACAUCAUACAAAAAACUCUGAGCUUGUUAAUCAUCAAACCAAAGUAAAUAUCUCCUAACAGUAACAGCACAGGCUGCUUGUCUAAAGUGCACUUCUGAAUGGAAUAAAGUCAUGCCAAAUCUGUACGUCCAAAGUUACAGUGAAGAAUCAUACAAACAGCAAUUUUUGCAGACAAGGAUGAGGACUCGCCGUCUGUACCUGGCCCUGUGCCUCACCCUUGUCCUGUUAUUCAUCAAUGUGGCUGCCUACCAGACCAUUCUUGGGAACAACAGCAAGAGAACAAAACUGUUUGCCACAAAUGACCAGACUCGGAACAAGUCAAGGAGAAGGAGACAGGACGCAGAUGUGCCUGAUAUCAGCAACAGUCCUACCAUUUUUGAAUCUGAUAGGCUACCAGUGACAGGCAACUCCACCAUUGGCUACACCCUGAACACACGCCUCAUGGCAUCCAUUGGCAACGGUCACCUAGCAACAACAGUGUACAGCGACACUAUAUUUGUCAACGGACUGUACAGUGGCGAUGGAUUUAAAGGCAGAAGUCAUCGGGCUACAAUUCCUUCUCAAAACAACAUUCGGGCAAUGCUGCCUUCUGAAGAGGGUGCAGUGCGGAGAUUUGCACUUGAUGUUGAGAGAGGUGUUUUCUUUGAGACCAUGACAACAGACCAGGUAACCGUGGAACAGCGAACAUACGCACACCAGUUCUACACGCGACUUCUGGUGACGGAGAUUCACGUGACACGGGGGCAAGGCACCGGGGACAUUGUGAUUGGCUUAACAACAAAUCCUGGGUCUGAUGGCCAAGACUUCCUGUGGGACUCCAUCUCCUCCCCUUCUGUAGCUAGCCGGUACAGACACGGUACCAUCAAUGUGACAGAAACAGCAACCAGCACCAGAUCUGAAGUACACAUGUACUGGACACCAGUUCCGAGUUCCAUCACACUGGCAAGUUCUGAAUCACAGAAGAGCGUUUCAUACAUCGCCUCCAUCGACACAGACCAAGCAACGGCCAGGGAAUCCUUCGAAAUCGGGCGACAGUUUGCUCGCAGCGAUCUCUACCCAACUCACUUGGCAGCCUGGAGAAAGGUGUGGGAUGCAGGACGUAUUGAAGUGGAGGGGAACUUGAAUCUACAGAAGAUCAUCAACGGUGCUCUGUAUUAUAUCCUGAGCUCUCUACCUGCUCAGGAACACUACGGGACAGCUAAUCAGUUCUAUGGACUCAGUCCAGGAGGACUGGCCAAUGGGAAACUUCUACAGGACUACCAAGGCCACUCGUUCUGGGACACAGAAACCUGGAUGUACCCACCUAUCCUCAUGCUGCACCCAACACUAGCUAAGGACAUCCUGAGCUACAGGAUACAUGUCAGAGGGCCUGCCUAUGAUCGGGCACAACAAAAUGGGCACCAGGGACUCAGGUUCCCCUGGGAAAGUGCUUUCACUGGUGUUGAGGUCACUCCAGGUGACAUCUGUUGGGAGUGCCGAGAAAACCAGCAGCACAUCACCGGAGACAUCGCGUUCGCAGCCCGCCAGUACGUCUCCGCGACACGCGACCUCGGCUGGUUACAGGACGAGAACGGCUGGGAGCUCAUCAGGGAGACGGCCAGGUUCUGGAAAAGCCGACCGACCUUCAAUCGGAAAAGGGGGCUGUACGAUAUAAAUGGGGUCAUGCCACCGGAUGAAUUCCACCAUACAGUCAACAACUCCAUCUACACCAAUGUGGUGGCCAAACUCAGUAUGGACUUUGCUAACUACACGGCAUGUCUGGUGGGAGAGGCAGAGGAAACAGCUGGGGAGGUGGAGUCCUGGGUCACAGAUGUGGGGGAUAGGCUUUACCUACCAGAGAUUACUGAUGAAAAAUAUCACCCAGAGUUUGAGGGGUAUCCAAAAGGAGAACUGAUCAAACAGGCAGAUGUCAUCCUCCUGGGCUACCCCUUGAUGUGGAAGAUGUCAGAUGAAGUAAGGAAGAAUGACCUGAAUGUCUAUGAAGAGGUGACGGACCCUACAGGCCCAGCCAUGACAUGGAGCAUGUUCUGUAUUGGGUGGUUGGAGCUGCAGGAGUACAGCAAGGCCAGUCAGAUGUUCCAGGACAGCUACAGUAUCUAUGUCAAGGAGCCUUUCAAGAUUUGGACAGAAGCACACCAGGGUUUGGGUGCAGUUAACUUCAUCACAGGCAUGGGAGGGUUUCUGCAGGCCGUGCUGUUUGGGUACGGCGGGUUCCGUCUACAUGUGGACCAUCUGGACCUCAACCCUGUUCUACCACCAGACACAGACAGCAUGAAAAUCUAUGGUUUAGACUACUUGGGUUCCUCUUUAGACUUCACCAUCAGCAGGGACCAGGUCACCAUUAAUGUAACCUCCCUGGGAGGGGACUAUCCAUUAGAGAUAAAGGCAGGUGAUACCAGCUACACUCUCCAGGAAGGAGUUCCAGUACAGCUGCCCCGUGGUCCUGCUUCCAUAGCAACAACCAGGCAGGACUCUAACAGAUGCACGCCCCCUGUGGUGGGAGACGGUACUGCAGACAGGCUCAAAGCUACCCUCUGGAUGCUCCUGCUUUCUGUGCUUCUAAUAGCAAUGCAAUAGCUGAAAUAAUCUGAAAUAGUCGUUUUCCUUCACUCCAAAGGAGUAUUGUUUUUGCAUUGUCUGUAUGUGUUUCUAUAGACAAGAGUUUCUGUCUGAGGGGGGUUGAAAUCUUCCAUCUCUGAUUGCCUUUUUGAAAAGUGUAUUCAAGCUCAGUGCCAAAGAAUGGGAGCAUGUGCCAAAGUUACUUUUAGUGUUUGAGUGAAGUGGCGAGGCCCAGGGACUGAUUUGUACACUUAAAGCAUUGUGCCUGUUAGAAUUACGGUACAUAAAUGUGGAAGUACUUAUUUUUUGUCUGCUACGCUAGUAAUUAAUGUUGCGGCUAAAAGCUUAAUAAUCUCAGGAAUGUAAUAUUGAAAGAAUGAAGAUGUCCAGACUUGUAUCAAGUUGAUGAUUUCCUGGGUGCUUAUUAGAUGUCUGAUUAUGGUUAUGAAAUAGCCAUGUCAGAUAUUGGUAGCCAAUUAAGAUUAAAUCUUAAAUGAGUGGAUGCCUCCUACUAAUCCCAAAAUUCAGAUGUAUAUGGAUUUGUUUUAACAUUAUGUUUGAUGCUUAGUGUCAUGAUGUCAGUGUCAGUGUCACAAUAAUGUUUUCAAUUCUUGUUUAUAAUUAGUGAACCUCAUCAAUGAGAAAUGUGGAAAAUACAUAUUGCUGAUUUACAAUGUCUAGGACAUAAAUAGAAUUUGUACAAAUCUAACAGUAUCAGGUAUCAAUGAAAUUGAUAAUGUCCACUCAGGCAAAUGUAUAUUUUCAAAUUCUUGUGCAUUUAUUCAAUAGUGCAUCAUUUUAGACUGACUUGCUGCAACAAGUUAAACUUACAUCACACAUACUAGUUGUCACAUUGUUUUAAUUAACAUACAUGUGCCUUUUACUACCACAAAUAGACAAUCCUACACAUAUCUAGCUGACAAAUUUGCCUUUUAGUACAUCUUUGAGCUCGAAAGAGGAUAAAUACAAUAGCUAAUAAGAAGCAUAUUUUAAACAUAAGGCAAAACAUAUUUUUAUGUUUCAUUCAAAAUAUCAAUGUUAUUUGAUUUGAACAUUACCAAGGAAGAUUAUUACUUUAUAUUUUCUAUUAUAAGGCAGAGAAAAGCUUAUAAUAUUUUGCAUAUGGAAUGAUUUGCACACAAAAAUAAAGUUUUAUAACAUUUGCAUUUUGUUGUCUUUUUUCCUUUUUAUCAGAGCUUUGUGAACAUAAAACAUGUAGAACAUUGGGUAUUGUCUGGCUUCCACAUUUUGAAAAAUAAGUUAUUGUUUAAGUAGUAGUUAAAUACAUGUAAGUCACAACAUUUGUGAUUUUAAACUGGGAGCUUCAAAUAACAAAUUACUUUCAGACAACUUGCUUCAAUAGUUACUAACAAUGAAUGGAAGCCAA